UAAAAUAAAAAGAAAUCACUAAUGUCUCCUACGACAUGAACAUAUCCAUAGCAAGGAUAACAAAACCAAACCAGAUGCAAAACAGCACAUCCUUUUACUUCUCAUUGCAUCAUCUUCUUUUCUGAAGGACGAAGAAAAGCUGCAGCUUGGUGCCAAAGUUAGAGGAACCUUUCAAGCUUCAGAGCAGAGAGAAAGUUGACGCUGGAGCAUUUCAAGGGACAGAUUUUCUGAAGAAAUCUGAAGAGCCUCCAAUGUAUGGCAAGGAGAAUCAAAUCGGCGUCAGGAAAGUGCUGAACUGAACCGAAAGGGACGCGACGGCGAAGGCGUGAAGAGAAGCGAGCCGAGAACCGCCAUGGACAGCGGCAGCUCGUCGAUCUCCGUGUCCGACGAGAGCUCGGAGGCUGCGGCGGGGGAGCACGGCGGGUGCUGCUCGCCGUCGACAAGGAACCUUGUCGACGCGGCGGGCAACCUCAGCCGCACCGUCUCCGACGUGUCAACGUCCUUCUCGGAACAGUGCAGCAGCGUUGACCACAGCGGCCCGUUCGAGCCGGCCGCCGCCGUGGCCAAGCUGAUCGGCCGGUCCCCGGCGUCCGCCGCCGCGUCGCUCAGCCGGCUAAGCAUGAAGCCCCGCGCCGACGUGCUCGACCGGCGCUCCACCGACGACGAGCUGGAGCUGGUGAAGGAGAGGUUCUCGAAGCUCCUGCUCGGGGAGGACAUGUCCGGCGGCAGCAAGGGCAUCUGCACCGCCGUGGCCAUCUCCAACGCCAUCACCAACCUUUAUGCGACAGUGUUCGGGAGCUGCCACAAGCUGGAGCCGCUGCCGGCGGGGAAGAAGUCGAUGUGGAGGAGGGAGAUGGACUGCCUCCUCUCCGUUUGCGACUACAUCGUCGAGUUCUACCCGUCCACGCAGAGUCUGCCCGAUGGGACCAAAGUUGAGAUCAUGGCGACAAGACCAAGAUCGGACAUUUACAUCAACCUCCCUGCACUCGAGAAGCUCGACGCCAUGCUCAUUGACAUACUGGACAGCUUCCAGAAGGCGGAGUUCUGGUACGCGGACGCUGGGACGAGGUCGUUCGGCUCGGUCACCUCGUCUUCGUCAACGAUGUCGUCGUCAUUCCGGAGGUCGACUCACCGGAACGAGGACAAGUGGUGGCUGCCGGUGCCCUGCGUCCCGGACGCCGGCCUCUCCGAGAGGGUGCGCAAGGACAUGCAGCAGAGGCGCGACUGCGCCAACCAGAUCCACAAGGCAGCCGUCGCCAUCAACUGCGGCGUCCUCAGCGACAUGGAGGUGCCCGAGUCCUUCACGGCCUUGCUCCCGAAGAGCGGGAGGGCGAGUGUGGGAGACUCGGUCUACCGCGCCAUGCUGGGCGCGGACAAGUUCUCGCCGGACUACCUGCUGGACACGCUCGACAUCUCGUCGGAGCACGACGCGCUGGCGAUGGCCGACCGGGUGGAGGCGGCCAUGUACGUGUGGCGACGCAAGGCGAGCGCGAGCCACAGCAAGGCCCCCUGGAGCAAGAUCAAGGAACUCGUGGCAGACGACGACGACAAGAACGUGGCGCUGGCGAGCCGGGCCGAGAGCCUCCUGCUCUGCGUCAAGCACCGGUUCCCCGGCUUGUCGCAGACCACCUUGGACACCAGCAAGAUUCAGUACAAUAUGGAUGUUGGGCAAGCAAUCUUGGAGAGCUACUCAAGGGUGUUGGAGAGCCUGGCAUUCAACAUCGUUUCAUGGAUCGGCGAUGUUCUUAUCGCCGACAAGUCGAUUAGGAAACAAUGAGUGACAACCUGAAGUUCCCAGCAAAGGGUUUUAGAUUAACUCUAUUGGUGAAGUUGCUUAAGUAAAAUGACAGUAGAGGUAGUAGAAUGAUUUUGCUGACCUAGAGGAAUUGUAAGCUGUAGCUUGCAAAAAUGCAGGGUAUGUCUGACCAAGAUUC